AUGCCCAGUUGUCGCCGUCUCUCUUUGUCUUUCAUGAGCUUAAAACUUUCAGAGAGUGUGAGCUCACUUAUUAAUCUCUUGAGUUCAGCCCAAGAUGAAGAUCAGCCAAAAUUGAACGUACUGCUGUGUGAGGCCGUUGUCGCUGUUUACUUAAGUUUACUGAUACAUGCUCUUGCCACAAAUUCCUCCAAUGAAUUGUUUCGGCUUGCAGCCCACCCAUUAAAUAAUCGAAUGUGGGCUGCUGUUUUCGGAGGGGGUGUGAAACUUGUUGUGAAGCCUCGAAGACAGUCAGAAAAUAUUUCAGCACCUCCUGUUCCUUCUGAAGACAUAGAUAAACACCGUAGGAGAUUUAACAUGAGAAUGCUGGUCCCUGGAAGGCCUGUGAAAGAUGCUACCCCACCACCAGUGCCUUCAGAAAGACCAUCUUACAAGGAAAAAUUUAUUCCUCCUGAACUUAGUAUGUGGGAUUACUUUGUUGCAAAGGUUUUUAAUUAG